GAUCGGUGUCGUCUAAUUGUGUCGGAUUGAGUGAACGUGAACCACGAAACAUACCCUAUUUGCAUACAUUAUGAGAUCCAUCAGCUCUUCCGGAUUCGGUGUGGCCAGGCUGUUCCUGCUUGUUGCAUUGUGUGCUGCGUUGCUUCCGGUGCCGAGCUCGUGUCAGGUGACGUUUUCCCGCGAUUGGAAUGCGGGAAAGCGUGCGAUGCCGGAUUCGGCUAUUAACGGAGUGACCGAGUGUUCUGCCAUCUGGCGUUCGGUGAACAACUUAUGCGCCGCAGUAACGAAAAAUAUUCAACAUUUAACGCUCUGUGAAACUCGCUCCCUGCUAAAAUCACUGCAAACGGACGAAUCGUCGAUGGAGAGCACCAGUGGGAAUAAUUUGCCUAUGUUUUCCAACAGUCAUAUCUAACUUGAAGAAAAUGCCUGAUGGGAAAAAGAAACUAACAUAAUAAUGUCGUGCUGUAUGUAUGGUAAAAUCAUGUAAAAUCACUUGCAAUGGGACUUAUCACACUCGAUUGUUUUCGUUUCUGUUUCGACGAUUUACUUAUCUGCCUUCUACUUCUCCAACACUUGCUCUUUUUAACGAAUUCUCAUCCCUACUUGUUUCCCCCGGAAUAAUAGAUAAUAGAUAAUAAUUGCACCAUGCUAGCCUUCCAAUCAAUAAAUGUCCCAUUUGCAAACCGUGUAGCGAUAAAAUAUUGCACUCGUGCAAGUAAAACGGAAACACAACAACAGAAGGAGAAGAAAAUACAUAAAAACAUGAAAUAAAAACACAGUAAGAAUAAUAAACGUAAAA